UUUUAACCCUGACCCUUCAACUCGAAAUGGACGGUGGAGAUAUUGCCUCGUAAGCAACCCCAUUGUAGUACUUUCGUGCUGUCGGACUACAAAAAUUUUGCCGCUCAGCGAUCGAUUUAUCCGCAGAAACCGGAAACAUAAUCACUCAGCCCUAAGCAAAAAGAUUUAGCUCACGACCGUCGCCGGCUGCCCUCUGCUUGCCGUCGCCGGUUUCUCUUUCGUUUCUGCUGCUUGGACAAAGUGACGCCCUUCCUCUUCUCAUUCAAUCAAUCGCAGUUAUUAUGUUUCAAUUCAUCCGCACCGAGCCCACCCACAUGGAUUUCUGGUUAGCAUUCUCCUUUUUAACAAUGGAGAAUUUGAAGUUUCUACGACCUUGAACCCCCUCUAUUGCUCUUUAUACUCAUACAAACAGAACUUCCCAGAAUGGUCGAACACUUUUUUUGCGUGGCUUUUAUGGUGGUAGAAUUUGAUAUUCGCAGAGGACAGGGAAGUAUGCCGAUGGUUUCGGGAGUUGCUUCAAAAUGUUCUCUCGGUUGGAUAUUCCGAGCUUUCUGAAUUGGGUUCUUAAUGUAAAGUUCAAGGGAUGUGAUGGAAAAGACUUUCCAUAACAUGGAUACUGGAAUUAAUUGGACACCUGAGAUUGGUAUGGAAUUUAAUACAUUAGAAGAGGCAUGGAAGCAUUGGGUAAACUAUGGAAAGCAAAUGGGUUUUGGUGUUAGGAAGCAUUUUGCAAAUAAAAGUAAGUUAGACGGAGAAAUAACGUCCAGAGGAUUUGUAUGCUCCAAAGAGGGUGUCCGUCAAAUAGACAAACGGAAUGUUCGGACGCAUCGGGAGGAAACAAGGACAAAUUGUCCUGUACGGUUGUGCAUUAAUUUAGAUCGUGAGACCGGAAAGUAUGGAGUGUAUGAUUUUGUCUGUGAACAUAACCAUAUUCUUCAUCUUCCAGAAACUACUUAUAGGAUGCAAUCGGAACAAAAACUGUCAAGUGUCCAAGCUUUUCCGAGAAAUUUAGCAUAUGCUUCUAGAAUCAGGCCUAAGGAAACACAUAAGUCUAUGUUGGGUGAUACUUCUCAAAACAUGGAUACUAGAAUUGAUUGGAUACCGAAAAUGGGUAUGGAGUUUAAUAAAUUGGAAGAGGCAUGGAAACAUUGGGAAAAAUAUGGAAAGCAAAUGGGUUUCAAUGUUAGGAAGCAUUUUGCCAAUAAAAGUAAGAUAGAUGGAGAAAUAACGUCAAGAGGAUUUGUAUGUUCUAAAGAGGGUGUUCGCCAAACAGAUAAACGGAACUAUCAGACCCAUCGAGAGGAAACAAGGACCAACUGUCCUGUACGGUUGUCUGUUAAUUUAGAUCGAGAAACCAGAAAGUACAAAGUGUAUGAUUUUGUCCUUGAACAUAAUCAUAUUCUUCGCCCUCCAGAAAAUAUGAUGCAAUUGGAUCAAAAUAUGUCUGGUGUCCAAGAUUUUACAAUUGAUUUAACACAUAUGAUGCAAUUGGAUCAAAAUAUGUCUGGUGUCCAAGAUUUUACAAUUGAUUUAACACAUACUUCUGGAAUCAAGCCUAAGGCAGCACCUGAGUUGAUGUGUAGAGAGGCUGAUGGGAAGGCCAAUCUUGGAUACAUUGACCUCAAUCACAGAAUUGUGAACUUGGGCAUGGGAGUGGACUCAGUUGGAAGUUCUGAUGAGGGGGACUUGGUUGCACACGGAAAGGGUCCAGCUGUAGAACCAUAUGUUGGGAUGGAGUUCGAGUCAGAAGAGGCUGCCAAGGAGUUUUAUGAUGACUAUGCGAGAUGCAUUGGGUUCAUUAUGCGGGUUGAUGAGUGCUGUCGUUCAGGGGUUGACAAAAGAAUUAUUUCCCGUCGAUUCUCUUGUAAUAAGCAUGGAUUUUAUGUAAAAGCUAGAGAUGAAUUGAGGCGGAUUCAGAAACCACAGCCUAGCAUGGGAGAAGGUUGCAAGGCAACGAUGUUAGUGGAAGUUGAUAAAUCUGGAAAAUGGAUUGUUACGAGUAUUGUAAAGGAUCAUGGUCAUCCUUUGGUUGUUUCUGGUCAUCUUUCACGGGGUUCUCUGGAUUCAAGAGAAAGGAGGAUUCAAGAACUCACCAUGGAGCUGCAUCAUCAAGAUCGACUAUGUGAACUAUAUAGGGAGCUGCUACUUUCAUUUUUGGAAAAUGUCGAGGAGCAAACAGAACUUUUGUCAAGAAAAGUAGAGGUUGUAGUCAAUGACGUAAGAGAACUUGAGACCGAAGUCCAAAAGCUUUCACAAAGUGAAUAACCUGGAAGGAGUGAGUAUGUAUGCUGUAUCUCUUCGUGAAUGUAUGCUUGGCUGGAUAAACUCUACAAGUGCUUAAUUCAAAUGUCUGAUGUGCUUCAUCGAAUAGUCUUGAUUUGUUCGUCUGCCCAAUAAACAGUCUUUAAAAUUCGAAAAAGCCUCGUGUCAAGUCAAUGUACAGGAAUGCUUCAGGAGCAGGCUUCAUCUUGUAGUUCUUGUGAAAUAAUGUUAUUUAAGAUACAGUACCUGUAUACAUAGAUGGUUGAGAUAGAUGGUAAAUAGGUUUUAUUAAAACGAGAAAGUACCAACAUUUUCAUUUUACUAUAA